UCCAAUAGUAGGAGACACGCUAACCGAACUCAUUGCAUAGCUCAAAUCUCGAUCUCUACACUAACCAGUAACCAGAACCAGAGGGAGGAGGGGUAUGGGAGUCGUCUACUUAUAAAGUUAAAAUUGAAGAGAAGAAUUUCUACUCUAACCAAACUUAUUGCAUAGCUCAAAUCUCAAUCUAUACACUAACCAGAGGGAGGAGAGGUAUGAGAGAACUUUGUAUGCGUUUAAUCUUUGUCUCACAGGUUUCCAUUAGAACAGCUUUCCUCUCUCUCCCUCUCUCUCGUUGUCAAUCUCACAUCUUAAUCUUAAUUUCCUCUCUCUAGUCUUAGAAUCUCCAAAGUGCGUCAUGGCUGCUGACUCGAUCUCCCUUGUUUUGCAAUGUUGGGCUUGCAUUGAAGGGCCUAGGCGUUCAGCCUUUGUCUGUAAAUUAGAAGAAAAUCAUACAUCAUUGAAUGACAUGUUGGGUAGAUUGAAGAAUUUAGUAAACGACGUGAAGAAUAAAGUGGAGGCGGCAGAGGUCAUCAGAAGAAUGACACGAACAGAACAAGUGGAUGGAUGGCUGCGACGUGUAGAACAAAAGCAAGGAGAAGCAGAGGAUGUCCUACAUCAAUGUUCUCAGCGGAUUGCCAAUGAUUGUCAUUGCCUUGGACGUUACUUCCCCAAGAACUACUUCGCUAGCUACAAGCUUGGUAGGAGAGUGGCUCAAUUGCUAACCGAAGUCGAUAAUUUAAUCAAGGAGGGCAGCAGUUUCUUUCUCAGUGAGGUGGCUUAUUAUAGGCAGAUUGCACUUUCAGGAGAAGAACUGCCUUUACCAGCAACAAUUAAAGGUAUAGAUUUGAUGUUCGAUAAGAUGUGUAAAUGCAUCAGAGAAGAUGAAGCUGCUGGAAUCAUUGGACUAUACGGUACAGGGGGAGUUGGGAAGACGACCCUUCUCAAAAAAAUCAACAACCACUUUCUCCUCAAAACAGCAGACAACAGUGAUUUUGAUGCUGUGAUUUGGAUAGUUGUGUCCAGGGAAUUAAGCACGACACAGAUUCGAAAGAAAAUCGGUGAUCAGUUGGGAAUUACACGAAAAGACGAUACAGACCAGGUUGCAGAGGCCACCGACAUUUUCAGGUUGUUGAGUCGUCAAAAAAAUAAAAAGUUUUUGCUCCUCUUGGAUGACGUAUGGGAACGAGUUGAUCUAGAGGAAAUUGGAAUUCCUCACCCCAGUACCGUCACUGAAUCAAACAACAAGUCAAAGGUGAUAUUCACAACUAGAUCUGAAAAGGUGUGCGGAGAAAUGGAAGCUAAAAAAAUUUUCAAAGUUGAAUGCUUGCAGGAUGAUGAAGCAUGGAACCUAUUUGAAGAGAAGGUAGGAGAGGACACCCUGAAUUGUGAUCCAGACAUACGUCAGCUAGCCAGGGAUGUUAGUGAUGCAGAGCAGCAGCAAAUUAAAGAUGAGGUGGUCGUCCCUCCUGAUGAAGACUAUCCCAACCUUAUUCCAAUUGCAACCUUCUUAGCAACCUAUGGUUUAGGGAAGGAAUUCCCUACUAGCUUGUUCCGAUCUACCAAGUCUCUUAGAGUUUUGGGUUUAUCUGGUUUUUCAUUUGGAAAAGUAAAGUUCCCAACUGAGAUUGUUGAAUUGGCUGAAUUGGAAUACCUCAAUCUCUCUCGUACGAAUAUAAAGGAAUUGCCAUACGAGUUGGGAAAGUUGAGGAAAUUGAGGUACUUGAAUUUGUAUGAAACAAGAGAUCUUCAUGUGGUUUCAGUUGAGGGGAUCCAAAAGCUGUUGGAUCUAGAGUAUUUGAACCUAUUUCAUUCUAAUUUUCGGGAUUGGGAAAUGGACGGUAGAUCAAGAUUGAUGGAACUAUUUGAAGCCUUAAAGCACUUAACUGAUUUCGGAGUCACAAUUAGCAGUGACACAUGUCUCCAAAGUUGGUCAAAUUCCUACAAGUUACAGAAGUACACAACAGGUCUAUGUCUUGAGAAUUACAAGGCCAACUCUUUCCGCAUAACUACUACUACUCUUGAAGAUAUGUUUCUAGAA